UUCUCUGUAUUAACAAUUUAUUAUGCAGGUAAACCCCUUCAACGCCCGUAGUCUAACAUCAAUUUGUUUUACAGAUCAAAACAUCACUGCAAAAAUGAACUUUGUGCGUCAUCGUUUAGUGCUUGGAUUAGUUUUGUUGGCCACCGUUCUGCUGUACCUUCUACUGCCGUCCAUGCGUCAAGGUAGCAUGGAACCGUCCUUGGACAUUGAAAAGAUGGGUCUUACACCGGCAUCUCCUCAGCCGCCAUCAACUACCAAUGUUACGGUACGAACUGGACAGUUGCCCGGGGAUCCCCCACUGUUCUUCAGGGAGGCUUUACCAAGUGAUUCCACCGGUAGACAAAUUUUGCCCAGACUGCAGGUUGUGCUACUACAUGGCCAGGCAUUUACUUCAAAAACCUGGGAGGAGCUGGGCACUCUUGGCCUGUUGGCCACCAAUGGCUAUCAGGCCAUUGCUUUGGAUCUACCUGGCUUUGGAAACUCUCCAGAUUCCGAGUCCGUGAAAACUGAUCAAAGUCGUGUGGAUCUGUUGAAACGCUUCUUAGAGGCAUUAGGAGUGCGGGCACCUGUGUUGUUAAGCCCAUCCAUGAGUGGGCAUUACUCUUUGCCCUUCCUCAUGAAACACAGCGAUCAGCUACAUGGUUUUGUUCCCAUAGCCCCUGUUGGUACCCGAAGUUAUACUCCAAAACAGUACCAGGACAUCAAGACCCCAACUUUGAUUGUGUAUGGAGGGCUUGACACCAACCUGGGGGCUCAGUCUCACAAGAACCUGAUUCAGCUGCCUCACCACAUUGUGGUCAAGUUGGAGGGAGCACGCCAUGCCUGCUACAUGGACAAACCCCGCGAGUUUCAUCAGGCACUGCUUGACUUUCUUAGCAAGCUAAAGUGACUGACAGAG